AAUUUUGGAUGUGGUUUCCAUCAAAUAUUUUUGUUUAAGAUUCAACCUGAAGUUUGAUUCAGCCUUUGAUCCUUUACUAUGCAUCCAUUCUAAAUUUCAAUUUCAAUUCUUUAGUUUCAAUAUAGUACUUCAGAAAAAGCUCUAUAUAUACACAGCUUUCAUAGAUUCUUCUCAUCCACAUUCAAGUUUAGUAGUCACUCAAUCAUUCACAGCUUUCCAUUGCCUAUUUCACCACUUGGUAAAGUUACAGAAGCAACCAUGUCUGGGUUCAAAAGCCAAAGGUGGUCUCUUAAGGGUAUGACUGCACUCGUCACCGGUGGAACUAGAGGCAUUGGAUAUGCCAUUGUCGAAGAACUAGCAGGACUUGGGGCAACAGUGCAUACCUGUGCUCGUAACAAGGAAAUGAUCGAUGAGAGGGUUCGAGAGUGGAAGAUUAAGGGAUUUACCGUGAGUGGUUCAGUUUGUGACCUCACAUCUAAAUCUCAAAGGGAGGAGCUCAUAAAGACUGUCUCAUCUGUUUUUGAUGGCAAGCUUAGCAUCCUUGUAAAUAAUGCUGCAAUAGUCACACUCAGAGGAGCUACAGAUUAUAGUUUAGAAGAUUUCUCAAGUAUGAUGAGCAGCAAUGUUGAAUCUCCCUACCAUCUUUGUCAACUAGCACAUCCUCUUCUGAAGGCAUCAGGAAAUGGAAGCAUUAUAUUUGUCUCCUCUAUUGCUGGUAUAAUAGCUCUGCCUAAACUCUCUGCCUAUGCAGCAACCAAAGGAGCUAUCAUCCAGAUUUCAAAGAAUUUGGCAUGUGAAUGGGCAAAAGACAACAUUCGGACAAAUACUGUAGCACCAUGGGCAGUCAACACUGGGGCAGCAGCAGUUGAACCGGAUGAGCACCGUGAUGAUUUCAGAAGGCUAAUAGCUCGAACUCCCAUUCGUCGCCUUGCAGACCCUAAAGAAAUUUCAUCUCUGGUGACUUUUCUUUGCCUCCCAGCUGCUUCUUACAUCAAUGGACAAGUUGUUAGCAUUGAUGGAGGAUUUACAGUUGGUGGUUUCUAGCAAACUCAAUAUAUGGGUUUGCCAAAUCUCAAAUCUGUCUCCCAAGUCUCAAUAUUUAUUCAAUUCUUUAAUUUCAGUUGCUUCAAUUUGUGGAUAGCCAGUCCUUCCUUCUUCCAAAUAGCAUAGUGCAAUAUUGUUGUAAAACAAGUCUCCGCAAUUGUUGCGUUUACAUUGAA